AUGCUCAACUAUAACUCGCCGCUCCGAAUCGACGACACUUUCGACCGAUUUCAACGCGCCAGAUCCGGUAAUCAUCAAUGGCCUUGGCGCGAACGCCAACUCCAACUGCCCACUUCUUGCGGCCAUCAGGGGGUUGAACCUCCACUCAGUGGUCCCACCGAAGUUCCUCUCGACAGCCCCCUUAAGAUCCGCCAGAACGUCGUCGCCAUUUACCAGAAUAUUGCCGGGACCUCGAUGAGUUUUGCCGUGCUUCAACAAGUAAUGAUUGCAAAUAUUUCCGCUCUCGUCUUCGAACUGAAACUGAACACCAAAGUCAGCCAUUCCUCUCCCUACACAUGA